AUGAGUUCGCGUACAUUGAAUUGGUCUCGGACAGCAAAGUCCUCGUUGACACAACAUGUCGCUCGUCCUGACCCCACCUCGGUGCGCCCGGCACAGUCUCUCAAUCUCCGAGGUCAAAUCGCCGAAUUCUCGGGCAGCAGUGAGAGCCAGGACCGCUUAGGUCGCCGAGCGAAGGAGAAAUUGCUUGAUCGGGAAUUCUUCCUUAGCUUGCUGAGCUCCGCAUCCACCAAGCGCGAAGCUAAGUCCUACCUAGCUCGGCUCAAAGCCAGCCCUACCAAGUCCGCCCAAAAAUCACCUACUGAGCCUCCGAAUGAGCCAUUAUCGGCAUCGCUUCCCUCCGGUGUGAAUCUGGGUUCAUUCUAUGGUGCUUCUAGAGCUGUAUACGACAGUCCUGUGUUCCGCCAGGAUACCACGCCUACUCCACGAGGACAGGAAUUGCCGGAAAGGCUACACCUGGCCCUGAUCAAAAUCACCACACCACAAUCGCUCGAUGAUUCCGUUAUCGAUGGCGUGGCGAAGACCCUGUCGCAGCUUGUGCGCCUGGGAAUGGCAUGCUGUGUAGUUGUCGACCCCGGAAGGCUGGAUAGCUUCGCUGCCGUGCGCCAAACAGCUAUCGACCAGGCAAAUCGGAUAUCAGCUGCAGUUGAUGAGCAGCCCGACUCGAAAUCUUUCCGAUUGGACUCUGCAUUGACCAUCGAUGAGCAGGGUACUGGUCCGCCCACUGUGCUAUCUCGAAAAGUGCUUCUGAGUGCUCUGCGGGAUGGCCAUGUAGUUCUUGUCCCGCCGAUCGCUUAUACAGAAGACAACCCUCGUGCCGUUCCAAUUUCUGCCAAUGAUGCUGCGCUUGCAUUGACUAAAGAGUUUGCCGGGCUUUCCUCAAACCCACACCCGGACGAGGAUCCGGCAGUCACGGCUGAGAGAACCACUGCUCUUCAAAAAGAAGUCUCUUUAGACCGUGUCAUCGUUCUUGAUGCUCUUGGGGGAAUCCCUGCACUUAAUGGUCCACAGUCAUCCCAUGUCUUUAUCAAUAUGGAGCAAGAGUUUGAUCAAAUUGUAGAUGAGCUUUCCCAGGCACGACAGACUGUAUCUGGAAACGACCGCGAUCCCGCCAGGCAGGUCAACACCGAAGCCACAUAUCCAAUCUUGGAAAGCAAUCCUUUUUCAAAGUUUGUCAACCGAGAGAUCGUCUCACCAGGGCAAUCCGACCAAUUCCCCGGCGCCGAGGCAAUGCAGAAGGUACUCGAUGGUCAUCUCGAGAACCUCCGACUGGCCCAACAAGCACUGGCAAUGCUACCAUCAGCCUCAUCAGGCAUCAUCACAUCGCCACAAGAGGUAUCCCACUCGGCCCGAGCUCCCUCAAUGGCCGCAUCAGACCUCUCAGCCGUUGGAACCCGUCGACAGCGCAACCCCCUAAUCCACAACCUCCUCACCGACAAACCUCUCCUCUCCUCCUCUCUACCCCCAGGUCGACGCAGUGCCUCUAGCAACGGUAAAACAAUCACAGUCAGCCCAUUCACAUCCCACACAACCUUCGUAAAGCGCGGCAUGCCCCUUACAAUCCUCCCAAACCCACACGUGCAAACAUGGACAGCAAACUCUCACCCCAGACUCCAACUAAACGACCCAACAAUCGACCUCCCUCGACUAGUCCACCUAAUCGAAGACUCCUUCGACCGCAAACUCGACGUCCAGAACUACCUCGAACGAGUCAAUGACCGUAUCGCAGGUAUAAUCGUCGCAGGCGAAUACGAAGGCGGUGCAAUCCUAACCUGGGAAACACCACCAGGUGUAGUGGACGACGGCAGCGAAGCAAGCGCCGCCCGCAUGGUGCCGUACCUGGAUAAAUUCGCCGUGCUAAAGCGAAGCCAGGGUGCAGGCGGUGUCGCCGACGUGGUGUUUAAUGCGAUGGUGCGCACUUGCUUCCCCAAUGGGGUUUGCUGGCGUAGUCGUAAGGACAAUCCUGUUAACAAGUGGUACUUUGAGCGCUCGUCUGGUACUUGGAAGCUGGCUGAUAGUAACUGGACUAUGUUCUGGACUACGGCUGGUUUGCCUGAGGAUUCGCUGCGUUUUCAGGAUUAUGAGGCUGUUUGUCGGAUGAUUCAGCCUAGUUGGGCUGAUAAGAAAAGUGUUAUUGAUUGA